AUGUCCAAAUCCUCAGAUCAGUUUGACAGCUCAGAUUGCGUGUGUUCAUUCGGGAUGAAGCUGACUUGGGAUAUAAACGACCCCAAGCUUCCACAGGACACGAAGCAGUAUGAUGCGUUCCAGGAGUGGACGGAUGGAUAUGUACGUUAUAUCUACAGCAGUGAAGAUAAGAACGCACAAAGACACCUGAGCGGAUGGGCCAUGAGAAACACCAACAACCAUAACUGUCAGAUCCUGAAGAAGUCCUGUCUUGGUGUGGUGGUGUGUUCACGAAACUGCUCUCUUCCAGACGGGUUCAAACUUCAGCUGAGACCGGCCAUCUGUGACAAAGCACGACAGAAACAACAAAAAAAGCUAUGUCCAAACUGUAACUCAGCUCUCGAGUUGAUUCCGUGCCGAGGUCACAGUGGCUAUCCAGUAACCAAUUUUUGGAGAGUAGAUGGGAAGGCAUUUUUUUUCCAGGCUAAAGGAGUACAUGACCACCCCAGACCAGAGAGUAAGUCUGAAACAGAGGCAAGAAGGAGUGCAGUGAAGAGAAGGAUGUCUUCACCUCACUUUUCACAGAAAAGAAGACUGGUGGAGCCAGAGCCUGGACAUUACCAUGACAUGGCCUUUCCAAAUAUCCACCAGCUCACUAUGGAGGGCCCAGAGCGCUUCAGCAUCAUUGCAGAGUCCAACUUCCCAAUACAGACCCAACACUAUCCUCCUUUCCAGAACACAGAGCCCUACAAGUUCCCUUAUGACACACACACAGCAGCGGCCAUGGCGGAUGCUCCGAGCUCACUGCAGAAGCCUGCCAACCACCGUUUGUAUAUGACCCGCCCUCCUUGUGGGUAUGACUUUGCAGUCCCAGGAUACCUUGGCUCAGGGCCUUAUCCACCAGCACUGUAUAAGGAUCCUUCUAGCCCACAAACUGAGACAGAACCCAGUAAGUCGGGGAGCAGUCUGAGUGGCAUGCCUCAUGGCACGAGUCCAUUAGGCAGCCAUGAGCGGAGCUAUGCAGAAACUACAGGAAAGCAUCAUGGUUGGAAGCAAAUUCUUAGUAAAGGUGCCUAUGGGGAUAGAGGAGACUACUCUCAACUGGCAACCAACACCAACCACCACUACUACAACAGUGACUACCCAUGUAGGUACACAGGACCUGCCCCUGCCACCCCAGCAGCAUUGCAGACUAUAAUAACCACAACCACAAAAGUGUCCUACCAGCCAUGCCCCAAGCCAUCUGUUGUCAAAUAUGGAGAGAAUAUCUAUGAUGUGAAAGGCCUGUCUAACUGUAAUUCAAUCUUGGAAGAAGCCUCUUCCAACUCCUACUCGGACCUGAAGAUUCCAGAGGAUUCGGGCGUGAUCAAAUCUGCCCUCUCGUACCAGGACACACUCCCAGCUAAAAUCGAGAGGUCUGAAAACUUUGAGGGCUAUCGCUACAGCAGUUACAGCUCAAACAGUUACCCUGAACGAAUGUCACAUCCUUUUAGGUACGAUAGCGGAGAAUACUGAGGGACUGCAGAAAGA